CAAAUUUACUCUCUUCAUUAUCGUUGCAGUAAACGAACGUAGAAAGAGGACGGAAAGCUUUCUCGAUGCAAAAUUUUCUCAAUUGUUAUUUUGUGUUUGCGACGACAGAAAAUUUUGAAGGAAAUUGAUUUUUUUGCAACAAAUUUAAGAAGUUGCAGUUAUGGAGAAUGUGGAGCUAUACGAAAUUCUUGGAGUGGAUAAAAGUUCGACAUAUGCUGAAAUUAAAAAGAAUUAUCGAAAAUUAGCUAAAGAGUUUCACCCAGACAAGAAUCCCGAAGCUGGUGAUAAAUUUAAGGAAAUUUCAUUUGCGUACGAAAUUCUUUCUGAUCCAGAGAAGCGCAAAAUCUAUGAUCAAUAUGGUCUGAAAGGGGUGCAAGAAGGCAGUGAUGGAUUCGGUGAUGCAUCCGAAUUUUUUUCGCAUUGGUUCCCUUUCAGUGGAGGUCAAAGUCACGGUGGCGGCGGCGGUGGCGGCGGUAGUUUUGGCAACAACCGUUCGCGGGCAGGAGCACAAGUGGUGGUGAAAUUAGAAGUGACAUUGGAGGAAUUAUACAAUGGAAAUGUUUCAAAACCUGUUGAAUAUAAGCGUACUUCUUUUUGCGGCACAUGCAACGGCGAAGGAGGACCUGAAAUGACCGUGGAACAAUGUAAAGCCUGUAAUGGCACUGGACGCACUGCAAAUUACUCCUUUAUGGGCGCCUUUGUAAACGCGUUCGAGUCUACAUGUGCGUCUUGUUAUGGACGCGGCACCACUAUACCAGAUGGAUUUCGUUGUGCUACCUGUAGCGGUAGUGGAUUGGUAGAAGAGGAGUUAAAACAUGAAGUGCCUAUUGAGAAAGGUGCACCAAAUAUGCUGAAAGUACUAUUCCACUCCGCGGGCAAUCAGCCAUUGGUGGGCGAACGUGGCGAUCUGAUUGUGGUUUUAGUGCAAGCCGAACAUCCGGUAUUCAUACGACGCCAGAAUGACCUCUUCCUGCGAGAUAUACGCAUAAACAUCACUCAAGCAUUGUGUGGUUUUGUGCAUUGUUUCCAGCACUUAGAUGGGCGUACUUUAUGCAUCACAAAUAAGCCGGGUGAUGUUAUAAAACACAGUGAACUUAGAGUCGUUACUGGCGAAGGUAUGCCAUUGCGCAAUAAUCCCUUCGAGCGAGGUGAUCUUUUUGUUGAAUUCAACAUUGACUUUCCCGAUGACAAUUUUGCGACUAUUGACCAGAUGCAUUUGUUGGAGACACUGUUGCCGCCACGCCAACCCUUCACAAUGCCCGAAGAUGCCGAGGAAGUAGUGAUGACGGAUGUGCCACCAUAUGGCGAAGGCGGUCAUGCUGGGGCACAAGGUGGAAUGGAUGAUGACGAUGAGAGUGCACAUUUCGAGAGUGUACAAUGUCAAACUGGAUAAAGCUGCAUAUAUAUAUGUAUAGCGUACUAAAGAGUAUAGUAAAAUUUUUGGUGCGAUAACGAAAUUUUGCGUGUGCUGUGCAAUAUAGUUGGACAUGCAGAGUCUUACCAAUGUGAAACAUUAUAAUAUAAAAAGAGAGCGCGAUAAGGGAAUGAGUAUUGUGUAGAGGCGGUGUGCUGCAUUCAAUAAGUUCUUCUAUUUUAUCCUUUUUGUUUGUUUUAUGUGUGUGUGUGUGCUCUUUUGGACUUAACAUAUUUUCGAAGAAUUCGCUUUUAACCUUUUGUUUUACUUACUUACACACUUUCACCUACGUGAUAAUGAAAUAAUAUAAUGCAAUGAUUGUUUUAACUUAUGCACAUAACUGAAGGGCGGCUAAAAUUGUUUGAAUUCGAUAGAAAGAAUAAAAAUAUGUAAACAAUUUUUAUUUAUUAACAACAAAAACAACCAUUUAGUUGAAAAAAGAUAUUUAAAUUACUAAGUAACGAUAUUAUUAAUAAUAAUGUAAGCAUUCUUGAAGGAAUAACGGAAUGUAAUGAGCAAA